GCAUUGUGCCAGGACAAGUCUCCCAAGAAUCCACCAUCGAAAAUCCCCAAAGCACUCUAGACUCUCUGUAAAAGUCAGUGAAAGGAGAGUGGACAACAUGAACUGGAUUCUGUUGUUUGUGGCCUGUGCGGCCAGCGUUGUGGCGGCAGGAAGGGUUUCGAUGAGCCCGGAGCGGGUUCAGGGUAUUGACCGUAUGUCCCUGGAGGACCUGCAGCGUCAAAAGUUCAUACUCGACAUUGUGCAAAACAUUCGCCAGCCGCUGCAGCAGGACGACCUAAUCCAGCUGGACCAGGGCCUGAUUGUGGACAGCCAGCGGUAUCGUGGUGGCAUUGAUGCGGAGAUGCAGCAGGUCAUCGAACUGGAUCGCCAGCGACGUCUACUGGACGAGCAUCAGGUGUACACUGUGGGUCGCCUGGAGGACGUGCAGCAGCUGCGCGGCAUCUACCGCCUGCUUGUCCGCUCCCAGGACUUCGAUACCCUGCGCCGCAACGUUGUCUAUCUGCGCCGCAACAUCAACCCAGUUCUGCUGGUCAACGCCUUGGUCCUGGCCAUCCGGGACCGCGAGGACACCCGCUCCCUGGUCGUGCCUGCUGUCCCGGAGCUUCUGCCCGAACUGUACCUGGACGAGAAUGUGAUUGAGCAGGUUCGUAGCGUCCAAAGGGACCAAACCCAGCGACCAUCGCUCAUGGACAUAGUGGGUCUGCGUCAGCAACAGCGCAUGAUGAAUCCCGUGAUGAACAUUCUGAUGCCCUGGCGCGAGAUUCACAUGCGGAUGGCUUUGAUGAGGCAACAGAAUCGUCAGAAUAUUCUGGGCAAGAACCGUGUGGUUAUCCAAAGCGAGAGGCAGGGACAAAUUGAGGGCAUCUCUCUGCUAACGGAUGAUAUUGCUCUGCGCAACUUUGUCCAGAAUCUCAUCCAGGAAAUUGCUCUGCUGGAGGAUUCCCAGGAAGAGGAAAUCCGCAAUGUGUUGGAGCGUGACCAAAGGAUCAAUAGGGAGGAGGAAGAGCAGUGGGUCGGCCGUAAUCGUGAAUUGAACAACAGGGAAAUGGAUCUGGAACAAGACCAGGACACUGGACGCCUGCUUCGUGUCAAUCGCCGCCGCCAGCAAGAGGACCUGGAGGAUCAGAGCCAGAUUAACCAGCGUGAGCGCAUCCAGCGAAUCCUCCGACGAGAUGAUGAUAAUGAUGAUGACGACAAUGACGAUGAUGAUGAUGUCCGCAUGGGUCGCGUCCAGCUGCAGCGUGGAGUCAGCCGAGGAGGAAUCCGCACUGAAGGAGUUCACGAUCUGCCCACCGUUAACGUAAACAGCGACCGCCUGCUCCAUGUGAGCCGCCGCCGGAUGAGUAGCAUCCAGGAGGAACAGCCAUGGGGACGCCAGCGAUUCAUGGGCGUGAUGAGGGGAGAUCGCAUCAGUGAGGGACGUCGCGUUGGCCAGCAGGAGGAUGUGCGUCAAAUGACUGAUGAGCGUCAACGCCAGCGCCUGGACCAAAAUGAGGAGGGACGUCGUGUUGGCAUCCAUCAGGAGCAGGGCAGCUAUGCCGAUCAGCUGGAGAGUGUAAGCCGCGACGAUGAGCGACUGGUCCACGUAAACCGCCGUCGCCUGAACCAGGACAUAUCGCAGCAGCAGCAGAGGAUCAUUCCUCGUAGAAUUGGCUCCAUUGGUGAAGGUCGUCGUGUGCUCGGAGAACGCCUCAUCCAGGAUGAAGAUAUCUUGAAGCUAAUCCGCAGCGAUAACCGCCUGCCUCUGAUGACCGACGAGGAGAUCCUGGAGAUGCUGAAGAGGAACCGCAUGCAGCGUCUGGAAAAGAUGCAGAAUGACAACAACGAUGAUGAUGAUGACGACGAGGAUGAGGUUCGGGGAACACGAAGCCGUCGCAGUAUCUCCACUCUGCGUCGCGAGAACACCCGUCGCAGGGAAAUCCUUGUGCACAAUCUACGCCAGCUGGUGGCCCGCCUAAACCAGGAGAACAUCUCCCAGGGUCAGAUGAUCAACCAGCGGCUGCCCUGGCUCAGAAGUACCCAACAGUUGCAGUCCGAGAGAAAUGGCAUGACGCCAUGUGGACGAAUCGACCAGCGCCUCCAACAGGUGAUGAACAACCUGAACAUUAACUCCCACACAGGAAGAAUAGAGAAACAGCGCCUGCUGGAGUCCCGGAUGGCCGACGUCCUGCUAGGUCGCCGUGGCAUCCUGAAUAUCGUCGCCAGGUGGUCGGACAACGGCCAGCAAAUCGAUCGCUCCGGCCUAGGAAUCCGUCUCAGCGAUCCGGUAGUGCAGCAUACCCUUCGCCGUAUUGUAGAGAUCAUUGACAAGCAGCGAGAGCAAAAGCUGGAAAGCUACAGCCAGGAGCAGCUCCGGAUGCAAGGCGUGACCAUCAAUGAUGUGCGCGUGGACAAACUGCUCACCCGCAUCGAGGAGCACGCUGACCUCAGCAAUCUGGUGGAGCAGAAUCAGCAAGUUCAGCAGGUGGUUGUGGGUCGCCAGCGUCGCCUCAACAACAGGCCCUUCACCAUUGACAUGGACAUCAGCUCCGACCGCGAUCAGGAUGCCAUUAUCCGGGUGUUCCUGGGACCCGCUCAGGAUCAGCUGGGCAGACAGGGGGCUCCUUUGCAAGAGCGUCGUCGAGACUUUGUGCUUUUAGACGCCAUCAAUGUGCAGUUGCAGACGGGUCGCAACCGCAUCCAGCAGAGGUCCAUUGACAUUCCCUGGACCACUAGUGAUGUCACCCCUCUGAGCGAGAUCUACCGCCGGGUGAUGCUGCGGUUGCAACAGGGUCCACAGGAGCAGAAGCAGGAACUGGUCGGCGAGAACGGAGGCUUCCCGCAGCAUUUGCUGCUGCCACGAGGUCGCCCCGAGGGCCUUCCCAUGCAGGUGCUGGUGGUUGUCUCGCCUCUGCUGGAGCAACAGGAGCAAGAGAUCAUACCGGAGAUCGGCAUGGGCAUUGGCCGUGCCUCGCUGCGAGACAUGCGCUCCUUGAGCUAUCCUCUAGACCGAGCCUUAAUCAACGAACAUGAAUUGCUCCAGCUGCCCAACAUCCAACUACAGGAUGUGGUUAUCAUCCAGGAGAACUGAAUGAACUAAACAGCAGAUCGACAGACCAAUCGCACUCUGGUGGACCCCUCUCAGGAACCUCGAACGAACCCUAGUUUAAGUCUUCGAAGCUAGCCUUCGAAUUUGUCAUAGCAAAUGUUGAAUACUCUUAUAACCCCUUUAUAUGUAAUUUCAAUUAAAAUCAUAGCAAGCAAUGCAA